AUGAUCAAAGCCAGUCAGACGUGUUACUUGGAAAAGCACAGGAUAUACGAAAUGUUUAGGAACUUGGUCAAGGCACUCGUCAUGUCCCAACCACAGGACCCUUUGCGGUUCAUCUCGCGGUAUUUUAAAUGCCGGCGUCACGUGGACGUACCGAAAGUCCUGUUGGUCGCUCCUCCCGAUCACCGUUUGGAUACAGACAAAGUGUACGUUGCACUCAACAUAGCCAAAAGCACCGGAGUGGUAACCAUCGAUCGGCGGAACGUAUUGCGCAGAUACCGGAAAAAACGAAGAGACGAUGAUGACGAAUGUGAUUCAACGGAUUUUACGACCGUGUUGAAUGAGUACAUGAGAGCGAAAGGGGCCCACGUAAAAGGAUGGAUACUUUUAGAUAUCCCAAACAGUAACAAAGAAGCAGAAAUGAUGAUAAGUCUUGGUAUUCUCCCGACACAUACAAUCGUUCUGUACGAACCUGCAGACUUAUGCGAUUGUCAAACAGAAAUUGACAGGUUCAAUACGAAUUAUAAAAAAUUUGAAUUUGAAAUCAAAAUGAAAUUUCGAUUCACCUUAAAAGAAAUCAAUGUGCAGGGUAAUUCGAUUGACGAGAUCACAGAAUUAUGUCUGGAUCAAAUAGUAUGUCAAAAACCGUCGGACGUUCCGUUUGUGCCCAGAGUAACGGUUAUCGGACCUGUAAGAUCGGGACGUUUCAUCGUGGUCAGUGGCCUAUCCAAAAGAUUUAAUUUAGUCAACGUGGAUUUUGAUCAAAUGAUGGAUCAACAAGUUGCCAUCAGUGACAAAAAAAUCGCAGAAGAAACGGCAUUAACGUGGUUAAAAGAAAAACUAACUCAAGACGAUUGUGUGGAAAAUGGUUACGUGUUGAAGGGUUUCCCUCGUACGAGAGCCGAUUUUGAAUGGUUGGAUUCUACCGGAAUGGCUCCCAAUCGGGUUACAUUUUUGGCUAUCAGUUUUCCGGAAUUAUACCGUCGUUUCAAGAACAGGUGUUUGAUCAAAAACACGGGAACCACUAUGAGCCUGAACCGUGCGCUCAACGAGAUGAAAGCGGGUAAGUUGAAAUUUGAAGACCUACUUCGUUAUCCAUCGAAUUCGGGAACAUUUCUAUGCGAGUUUAAAACCUAUUGCAAACGUUUAAAAGAGAUGCUCUAUUAUUGCGGAGACGGAUGUUCGAUCAUCACUUUCGGAGAGUCGGUGUGUGACAAUGCGUCGGCGUGUGUCGUUUCAGCGAGUCCAGCCUCCGGCCCGAGACCUCAAAAUCGCAUGCCAAGCCGGAUGACCACAACACUUGCCGAACGGAUUCUUUUUAACCCCAAACACGAAGACAUCUGUCGCGACCCCGGAUUGUCCGAGGAAGCUCGAGAUCUACUAAACGCCCUCGAAAAGGGUGCCAAACGGCUAGACCUCAAUCACGGUGCAGUUGAUCAGGCUGUUUAA